AUGGAGGUUGGCGUGCUUGGUCACGCCUUUGCGGCCGCCAGUGUGUUGAUGGUUAAAGAGGCCUUGCCCAAGUCUCUAAAAGUAGGGCAACUCCUGAUGAGCAUCUGUGAGGAACUGGAGGCCCGGUGUGGGUCGAAGGACAGUUUCAACAUGUCCACUGUAGAGGUAAUGGGACUGAUCCAUUCCCUGGGAAGGUUGCAGCGGCAGAGCUCUCACGUGGGGAGUCUUCUGAUUGCCUUGGAGCCGUGGGUUGGGAAGAUACUCUACUCCUUGGAACUCCCCGACUUGGUAGCAGUGGCGCAUGCUUACACUAGAGGCGGACAGGUCGGCAAGGCUACAGUGGAUGUACUGUGUGGAUGCGCUAGAGAGCUGCGCAGGAUCCCUGUGGAGGCCUGGGACGCCAAAAGCCUUACUCUUUGCAUCAACAGCUACGCUAUGGGCCGAGUUGCCCAUGAGCGGCUAUUGUCCAAACUAGUGGAAGAGGUGAUCCCUCCGUUGGUUGGGGGGCUCAGCGGUAUGCAGGUCGCCCUCAUAGCUCACGGACUGACUCGCUUGAAGCAGCCAGUACCGCCUAGUGUAUGGCUAAGGGCUCAAAACGUGGUAGAGGGGCUCGACGAUUGGCAACAGGUCACUCUGAUCUUGCAAAGUUAUGGUAAGAAUCAGACUACGGUGAUGGAUCCCAAAGCUCUAGGAGCCGCAUUGGGUGGGAGAAUCAAAACUCUGAUAGCCAAGCAGCGCCCGAAGAUGGAGACCCUACCAGUGUUGGUUUAUGCGUUGUGGAAGUCGGACGUUCAGGUGGACACUGAGUGCUGGAACGCUGUGGGACAGGCGUGUGCUGAUGUGCUUUCUGAUGAAAAAGGUGUAAAAUGGAAGCUCAGCGAGGUAGCGAACAUGCUGUCAGCUCUCACUACGGUGGUCAACUUGAGUACUUCUCCUUGGGUCCAUGACUUCGCUGGAGGCGUCAUCAAAAUGCUUUGGGACGGUCCUUCGGCGGCUUCUGGUGACGACUUGGUGAAGAUAGGCUCGGCCUGCGCUAAAUUGGGUAGAACAGACGCUCUUGUAGUUCUUGAGAGGGCGAUCCGAGUGCGGGCCGCGAGCGUAGUCGGGCUGGGCUACACUCAUAAGGGCCGCUUGGCAGGGGCGCUAGUCUCUCUUGGGAGCUCGAGUCAGGAUGUACUGCAGCUGCUUAGUGAGGGGACCUCCUCCUCAUCCCAACCUCGAGGGGUAUGGGCGAGGACCAACGUCGCAUGACUGUGUUUCUG